UUUGCUGCAGCGGAGCAGGCGCCAUGGCGGUUCUCCUGGAGACCACUUUGGGCGACGUCGUCAUCGACCUGUACACCGAGGAGCGGCCGCGCGCCUGCUUGAAUUUCCUGAAGCUGUGCAAGAUAAAAUAUUAUAAUUAUUGCCUUAUUCACAAUGUACAGAGAGAUUUUAUCAUACAAACUGGUGACCCUACGGGGACUGGCCGUGGAGGAGAGUCUGUUUUUGGUCAGCUGUAUGGUGAUCAGGCAAGGUUUUUUGAUGCAGAGAAAGUGCCAAGAAUUAAACACAAGAAGAAAGGCACAGUGUCCAUGGUGAACAAUGGCAGUGAUCAGCACGGCUCUCAGUUUCUUAUUACUACAGGGGAAAAUCUUGAUUACCUUGAUGGUGUUCAUACAGUGUUUGGUGAAGUAACAGAAGGCAUGGAUGUAAUUAAGAAAAUUAAUGAAACAUUUGUUGACAAGGACUUUGUACCUUAUCAGGAUAUCAGGAUAAAUCAUGCAGUGAUUUUGGAUGAUCCAUUUGAUGAUCCUCCUGACUUGCUAAUUCCUGAUCGAUCCCCAGAACCUACAAGGGAACAACUCGAUAGUGGUCGAAUCGGAGCAGAUGAAGAAAUCGAUGAUUUCAAAGGAAGGUCUGCUGAAGAAGUAGAAGAAAUAAAAGCAGAAAAAGAGGCUAAAACACAAGCUAUUCUGUUGGAAAUGGUGGGAGACCUGCCUGAUGCAGACAUUAAGCCUCCAGAAAAUGUGUUGUUUGUUUGCAAGCUGAAUCCAGUGACCACAGAUGAGGAUCUGGAGAUAAUAUUCUCGAGAUUUGGGCCAAUCAGAAGUUGUGAAGUUAUCCGGGAUUGGAAGACAGGAGAAUCCCUCUGUUAUGCUUUCAUUGAAUUUGAAAAGGAGGAAGAUUGUGAGAAAGCCUUUUUCAAGAUGGACAAUGUGCUGAUUGAUGACAGAAGAAUACAUGUGGAUUUUAGCCAGUCGGUGGCUAAGGUUAAAUGGAAAGGAAAAGGUGGGAAAUACACCAAGAGUGAUUUCAAGGAAUAUGAAAAGGAACAGAAUAAACCAUCAAAUUUGGUCCUGAAAGAUAAAGCCAAGCCCAAACAGGAUGCAAAAUAUGAUCUUGUGUUAGAGGACGAUGCAGAAGACUCAGUGCCAAGUCACUCUCACACAAGCAAGAAACACAAAAAGAAAACCCAUCAUUGUUCUGAAGAAAAGGAAGAUGAGGAUGACAUGGCAAUCAAAAACCCUAAUCAGGAUAUCUACAGGGAAAUGGGAUUUGGUUACUUUGAAGAGGAAGAAAACUGUUGGGUGAAAGAAAAGCCUGAGAAAAGGGAUCGACCUCAAAACCAGAGUCGUAGUCGAUCUCGAGAAAGUGGUGGCCAUUAUAGUAACAGUCACAAGUCCAAGUACCGCAUGGAUGACAGGGGCAAAAAGAGAGACCGGAGCAGGAGCCCACAGAAAUCCAAAGAAAUCCCCAAAAUGAUGUACCGGUGAAAGAUGAAGAGUCCGAGAUGAGUGGUAUAACAUUAUUUACUCUGUCUAAGUUAGAGUGCCAGGAAAGCAGGUAUUCAGAUUUUUUGCAAAGC